AUGAGCGUCAUUUUCAGUUACAUUGGUGUUAGUAUUGUGCUAUUCUUUGUUUCCCGCUUCUCACCGUACGAAUGGCGCAUUGUGCAAUAUCAGACAGAUUCGCAUGCACAUCACGAACAAAUGGCCAAUCAACAGCCGCCUGGCAUCAUUGGCGGUGUACCUGUGCCCGGUCCAAUGACCGGUGCGACCAGCGCCACUGCCAGUCCGGCCAAUAUUGGCGGUGUGGUAGGUGCUGGUGGUGUGCCCGGAAGUGUUGGCCUCGGCACAUCCGCCACCGCAGCGGUCAACGAGUUUAGCAUUUUGAAUUCAUUUUGGUUUGCCUUGGCCGCCUUCAUGCAACAGGGCUGCGACAUAUCACCGCGUUCCAUCUCCGGUCGCAUAGUUGGCGCCGCUUGGUGGUUUUUCACGCUCAUUCUAAUUUCAUCGUACACAGCCAAUUUGGCAGCAUUUCUCACAGUCGAACGAAUGGUGACACCAAUCAAUUCACCCGAAGACUUAGCUAUGCAAACGGAAGUGCAGUAUGGUACGCUGUUGCAUGGCUCUACGUGGGAUUUCUUCCGGAGAUCCCAAAUCGGCUUACAUAAUAAAAUGUGGGAAUACAUGAAUUCGCGCAAGCAUGUCUUUGUGAGCACUUACGAUGAAGGCAUACGUCGGGUGCGUACGUCAAAAGGCAAGUAUGCACUAUUGAUGGAAUCACCAAAGAAUGAAUACGUAAAUGCCAGGGAACCAUGCGAUACGAUGAAAGUCGGCCGUAAUCUGGAUACGAAAGGAUUUGGCAUCGCAACGCCAAUCGGAUCACCGUUGAGAGAUCCGAUUAAUUUGGCUGUGCUGUCGCUGAAAGAAAAUGGUGAAUUGAUCAAAUUGCGCAAUAAAUGGUGGUAUGACAAAACGGAAUGCAACCUCAACAAGGACAAUCAGGAGACAUCACGCAGUGAAUUGUCGUUGAGUAAUGUGGCUGGUAUAUUUUAUAUAUUGAUCGGUGGCCUCUUAGUGGCCGUCUUUGUGGCCAUUAUCGAGUUCUGCUUUCGCAGCAAAACAUCAACGCAAAAGGCGAAUGGCUCCAUGUUGAGUUCGGCGUCCGGUGGGGGCUCACAUCAGAGGAAUUCCCUAACAGAUGCCAUGCAUUCCAAAGCGAAAUUGACUAUUCAAGCGAGCAGAGAAUAUGAUAACGGACGUGUUGGGUACCUCAAUUGUGCCUCUUUGCAGUAUUAUCCAGCCGGACAAUUGAGUGCCGCCACCGAGGCCGAAACAAUGCACAUGAAUGCGCACAGUCAAGUUUGACAUGAGCAUGCGCAGGAAUCGCGGCUAUGACGUACACCCUGCGCACCAACAAUACGCCGCAUAAUGGCCAACAGCCGGCAAGAAACGGAGAAAAUACUGAGCAAUCAUGAUCAAAAUGCCACAUCAAUGCCGGGCAGCCAGAAUAGUACGCUGAUGCGAAAUCCCGAUGUAAAUCAUCCCUAUGCCAAAUAAAUAUAAAAACAUAUACAUAAAUUACAUACACACAUAUGUAUUUAGUAUAUACAUAUAUACUUAAGAACAUGACUACGUAAAAACAUUAGCAUUAGCUACAUAUAAAAACGACGAGAAUUACAAUUGGUGUAGAGAGAGGUAAGCGUGAAAGUGAGUAAAAUAACAGCAACAACAUCUAUGUAGAUAUACAUAUAUGUGUAUGUAUGUAAUUAAGAAACAUAGUGUGUAUGUAGGUAUGUGUAUUACAAUAAGAGUGAAACUUAAAUAUAUGUAUGUCUUAACUAACAUAAGUCAAAGAAUAAAUACCUACGUACAUACAUACAUAAACGUAUUAGGAUUAGCAUAAGUCUUCUAGUGAGUAUGCUUAGCCAACAGAAUACACUCAUUCAUAAAGAAAGGAAGAAUUUUAUAUAUACAUACUUACAAAAACACGCACACAGAAAUUGACUUUCAUUUAGUCGAGCGAUCUGGCUUUUGCAAGCGGCGGUGUGAGCAUACUUUUGUAGUUUUAAAGCGAUUGUUAGUUCUCUUGUUCAUGAAUGAAGUUUUAAUUUACUUAAGCGAUAAAAUUUUUUGGCUACCAAACCUACACUUUCACUACUAAAGAAAUUCUGGAAAUCAUCACAGGGUUACCACUUCUUGUCAUUCACACUUCACUCAUUCACAAAGAGGCAUGUUGAAGGUUCUGCAAGUCUUCGGGAUCAUUUGGUGGUUUUUAUAAACUCAUAGUUUCAUAACUUUUGCGACGAUAAAGAGUUCCCAGAAUUAUAAGGAUACGUCCGUUUCAUUGCAUAUCUUCGUCGGCAUUACAAUUCCUCUCUAUGUCGCGAUGGCAUGGAAUUCAGAGGACGGGAGAGGGAUUUCAUAUCUACCUAGCUACGAGCGAAAGCGGAAAUAUUAUCUUCCUAAAUUGCAUCGCACUUUACCAUGUCGAUUGCCAGGAAAGGAACUGCAGUGACCUGGAAGACUCUCAGAUGCUUAGAAUAUACACCACCAGCACUACUUCCAUCGACCUUUUAGCCAUCCAUGUAUGCCUAAAUGAAAUCACAUUUUCUACAUACAUCUUCUCGUUUUCUCCCUUCACUUGAGAGCAGGGGUGCGGUCGCGCAGUCAAUUGAUUGAUGACCACCUACUUAGCGGGUUCAGUCAUAUAGCCGCUUUGAUUUAGAGGGACCACAUGACAAUAUCUGGGAGAUUAACCUCACAUGCCGCAUUUGCACAAGCAUAUAAAUAUUACAAGGAUGGUCUUAGGCUAAACAAAUUUCGAUACAUAAAGGGGGCGUGGCACUCCCCAUGCAAACCGAAUUUUGCUUACAUAGAUUACUGAACUUGGAUUGGAGAUAUGUUAAAUCAAUACCAUACUCAAGUAGCAAAGUGGGGCUAUUUGAAACGGGGGCUUGGCGCCUAAACAUACUUGUAUCUAUCUUUGUAUGUAUAUUAGGGUUGGCCUUAAAAUAAA